AAACUCCAGCCGAGACUCGGUUAUUUUGCAUUUUUUAUGCCCUUUCCCUCGCUACCUCUAUAUUCUCUCUCUCAGACACAGCACAGCGCAGCAAGCACGUUUACAGACACUGGUAGCCAGAUCUGCGAGGGUACACCUCGCUCUCUAAUUUGUUUGUCUUCUCAAGACCCGAUCUCUGCGCUUCUAACCUACACCCUCUGCUUAUCCUACGCUCCCCCUUCUCGUCACUGACCUCUGAUUUCCUUCCUCUACUGCUGUUGAUGGUGGCGAUUCGGAGACAGUGAUGGAUUCCGCUUGAUCUGGACUUGUUCUUCUUAGAUCUGAGGUGAAAUUUCGUCUCUCCCUCUCAAGAUCUCUCAUGUUAUCGAGAAAUUUUCUCUUUUGAGAUCUAUUUCUGUUUCGUUCUCCUAGUCAUCUGGAUAGUUGCCCUAAAUUGUUUGCCCCAAAACUGUAUUGAUCGAUAGUUUGAAUUCGUAUCAAUCUAUUGACGGAUUGGAGAACGUGUUAAUUGUGACGCUGAAAGCUGUGAUUCUAUUUGCUUUCUGUUCUUGUACGUUAUUAGGGUUUUUGACACUUGAUUGGGGACGAUGCUGACUAAAUUCGAGACCAAGAGUAAUCGGGUGAAGGGCCUGAGUUUUCAUACUAAGAGGCCAUGGAUACUUGCGAGUCUUCACAGUGGUGUGAUCCAGCUUUGGGAUUACAGGAUGGGGACUCUUAUCGACAAAUUCGACGAGCAUGAUGGGCCCGUUCGUGGUGUCCAUUUCCAUACAUCUCAGCCGCUGUUCGUCUCCGGAGGAGAUGAUUACAAGAUCAAAGUGUGGAAUUACAAGAUGCACAGAUGUCUGUUUACUCUUCUUGGGCAUUUGGAUUACAUUCGUACUGUUCAAUUUCACAAUGAGUACCCAUGGAUUGUUAGUUCAAGUGAUGAUCAGACUAUCAGAAUAUGGAACUGGCAAUCUCGUACUUGUAUAUCUGUCUUAACUGGCCACAACCAUUAUGUCAUGUGUGCCUCCUUCCAUCCUAAAGAAGAUCUCGUUGUCUCUGCCUCCUUGGAUCAGACAGUUCGUGUUUGGGAUAUUGGUGCUUUGAGGAAGAAGACAGUGUCCCCUGCAGAUGACAUCCUGCGGCUGAGUCAGAUGAACACAGAUUUGUUUGGUGGUGUUGAUGCUGUUGUCAAGUAUGUCUUGGAAGGGCAUGAUCGGGGAGUCAACUGGGCUUCGUUCCAUCCUACCCUGCCUUUGAUUGUGUCUGGAGCAGAUGACCGCCAAUUGAAACUCUGGCGCAUGAAUGAUACGAAAGCUUGGGAAGUAGACACAUUGAGAGGACACAUGAAUAAUGUGUCAUGUGUGAUGUUUCAUGCUAGGCAGGACAUUAUUGUUUCCAAUUCAGAGGACAAAAGUAUUCGUGUGUGGGAUGUGACAAAGAGGACUGGUGUUCAGACAUUCCGAAGGGAGCAUGAUCGGUUCUGGAUCCUUGCGGCUCAUCCGGAAAUGAACCUUCUGGCAGCUGGUCAUGAUAGUGGUAUGAUAGUUUUCAAGUUAGAAAGAGAAAGACCUGCUUUUUCCUUGAGUGGUGAUUCUCUGUACUACGUUAAAGACCGUUUCCUUCGGUAUUAUGAGUUUUCAACUCAGAAGGACAUUCAAGUGAUCCCAAUUCGACGCCCUGGUUCAACCAGCCUGAACCAAGGACCUAGGACAAUGUCGUAUAGCCCUACGGAAAAUGUUGUCUUGAUCUGCUCAGAUGUUGAUGGGGGUUCCUAUGAACUUUAUGUUGUACCCAAAGACAGUGUUGGCAGGGGUGAUACUGUGCAAGAAGCGAGAAGAGGAGUUGGAGGAUCAGCUGUUUUUGUGGCUCGGAACAGGUUUGCUGUUCUUGACAAAAGCAACAAUCAAGUGUUGGUGAAGAACCUUAAAAAUGAGGUUGUGAAGAAGAGUGUACUUCCUAUUGCUGCCGAUGCAAUAUUCUAUGCUGGAACAGGCAAUUUGCUUUGCAGGGCGGACGAUAGAGUGGUCAUCUUUGAUCUCCAACAGAGAAUUGUUCUUGGUGAUCUCCAGACCCCUUUUGUUAAAUAUGUUGUUUGGUCAAAUGACAUGGAGAGUGUUGCAUUGUUGAGCAAACAUUCAAUAAUCAUUGCAAGUAAGAAACUUGUGCACCGUUGCACCCUUCAUGAGACAAUCCGUGUGAAAAGUGGAGCUUGGGAUGACAACGGUGUCUUCCUAUAUACAACACUGAAUCAUAUCAAGUAUUGCCUUCCUAACGGUGACAGUGGAAUUAUCAAAACCCUUGAUGUUCCAAUAUACAUUACAAAGGUUUCUGGUAAUACCAUUUAUUGCUUGGAUCGGGAUGGAAAGAAUCGUGCAAUAACUAUAGAUGCAACUGAGUACAUAUUUAAGCUCUCACUCUUAAGGAAAAGAUAUGAUCAGGUUAUGAGCAUGAUUAGGAACUCACAGCUGUGUGGGCAGGCCAUGAUUGCGUAUCUGCAACGGAAAGGUUUCCCAGAAGUUGCCCUCCAUUUUGUGAAAGAUGAGAGGACACGGUUCAAUCUGGCUCUGGAGAGUGGAAAUAUCCAGAUUGCUGUUGCUUCUGCCAAGGAAAUCGAUGAGAAAGAUCAUUGGUAUAGGUUGGGGGUUGAGGCACUUCGUCAGGGUAAUGCAAGCAUUGUGGAAUAUGCUUACCAGAGGACAAAAAACUUUGAGAGGCUAUCCUUCCUGUAUCUGAUAACAGGGAAUUUGGAUAAGCUGUCUAAAAUGCUGAGGAUUGCUGAAAUCAAGAACGAUGUGAUGGGUCAAUUCCACAAUGCCCUUUAUCUGGGUGACAUCAGGGAGCGUGUCAAGAUCUUGGAGAAUGCUGGCCAUUUGCCUCUCGCUUAUGUUACGGCGGCUGUUCAUGGUCUCCAGGAUGUUACUGAGCGGCUUGCUGCUGAGCUGGGGGAUAAUGUUCCUACUUUGCCAGAGGGUAAAGUACCAUCCCUUCUGAUGCCCCCUUCACCUGUUCUUUGUGGUGGAGAUUGGCCAUUGUUGAGAGUUAUGAAAGGCAUUUUUGAGGGUGGAUUAGACAAUGUAGGCAGGAGUGCCCAAGAGGAAGAUGAUGAGACUGCUGAUGCUGAUUGGGGUGAGGAUUUGGAUAUUGUUGACGUGGAUGGCAUGCAGAAUGGAGACGUUGGCAUAGCGGAUGAGGAUGGGGAAGUAGCACAUGAAGAAAAUGAUGAGGAAGGAGGAUGGGACCUUGAGGAUCUGGAACUGCCACCUGAAGUUGAUAGCCCUCAAACUGCCACUAGUGCCCGUUCUAUGGUGUUUGUUGCGCCAACUCCUGGCAUGUCAGUUAGUCAGAUUUGGACCCAGAGAUCGUCUCUUGCUGGUGAACAAGCAGCAGCUGGGAAUUUUGAUACUGCCAUGCGCUUGCUAAGCCGGCAACUGGGUAUAAAGAACUUUGCUCCUUUGAAGCCACUGUUUAUUGAUCUACACACAGGUAGCCAUAGCUACCUACGUAUUUUCCCUCCAGCUCCUGUGAAUCCACUGGCGCUUGAGAGAGGAUGGAGUGAGUCAGGUAGCCCCAAUGUGAGGGGCCCACCAGCCCUUGUUUACAAUUUCUCUCAGUUGGAAGAGAAGCUUAAAGCAGGUUACAAGGCCACAACAAGUGCGAAGUUUACAGAGGCUUUGAGGCUUUUCCUUAGUGUACUUCAUACCAUUCCUUUGAUUGUGGUUGAAUCAAGGAGGGAAGUUGAUGAAGUUAAGGAGUUGAUAAUCAUAGCAAAAGAGUAUGUGCUGGGCUUGAAAAUGGAGCUCAAGAGGAGGGAAAUAAGAGACAAUCCAGUAAGACUGCUGGAGCUUGCAGCCUACUUCACCCACUGCAACCUGCAGAUGCCACACUUGAGACUGGCAUUGUUGAAUGCCAUGACUGUUUGCUACAAGGCAGGGAACCUUAGCACAGCCGCUAACUUUGCAAGGCGGCUGUUAGAGACCAACCCUACCAUUGAGAGCCAAGCAAAGACAGCGAGACAAGUCCUCCAGGCUGCAGAAAAGAACAUGAAAGAUGUGAGCCAGCUCAACUAUGACUUCAGAAACCCAUUUGUGGUUUGUGGGGCGACUCAUGUACCAAUCUACCGUGGUCAGAAGGAUGUGUCAUGCCCAUAUUGCAGCUCUAGGUUUGUGCCAGCUCAGGAAGGACAGCUCUGUACCGUAUGUGAUCUUGCAGUGGUUGGAGCAGAUGCAUCUGGUCUGCUUUGUUCACCUUCUCAGAUAAGAUGAUUGAGCCGCCAAGUUGAGGAGUCUUUUAAAAUUUCUCCAGCUGCUUGAAGCACCGUUAGGUUGGUUGGUUUUGUUUCUGUGAGAGCCAAGGUAGGAACAUUGAAACAGAAGAGUCCAGUUUCAUUGGAAUUGUUUGGUUUUUCUUCUUGCCCUUUUGUUUUUGUUUUUUUUUUUUUUUUCUAUUAGUUUUUUAAAUUUGAUGAUUAUAAUCUUACUGUAAUAAACUUAAGAAUUUUGAUUUGAUAGUUCUUUAUGGACGAGAAUAGCUAAUGGCCUUUGUUAAAUUCA